GAAAAUGGCAGCGCCCAUGUCAAAAAUUUUAAAGAAGCUUUUACAACAGAAAUUAACAUUUUCUAGGCUAGUUUAUUUAAGGAAAUAUAAUUCAAUACAAAUUAAGGACAUAUUAGAUAAUGAGACACUUCUAGGAAAGGCAAUUGAUGUGUCAGGAUGGGUCAAAUUUAAAAGAACACACAAAGCUGUCUCAUUUUUCCACAUCAAUGAUGGCUCCUGUCUUACCAAUCUCCAAAUUGUUUUGGAAGGGAGUAGCAAAUCAGAUGCUCCAUUUGCAUCUUGUGUCAAAGUCAGGGGAGUUGUCACUGAGAGUGACCAUCCUGGACAAAGACUGGAGAUUAAGGCUGAAAAUAUAGAGGUCAUAGGUCAAAAUGACCCAGUGCAAUUCCCAUUCAAGAAGAAGCAGCCAAGGCCACCACUGAGCAAUACAAGGGAUCAUAUACAUUUGAGGCCCAAAACAGACGCAUUUGCAUCACUGCUGAGGAUACGCAAUCAAGCAAAUUGCAUUAUAAACCAAUACUUCCAAGAUUCUGGCUACUGUCACAUACACACGCCUAUUCUCUCUUCCAAUGACUGUGAGGGAGCAGGAGAGCUCUUCACUGUGGAGGGAAAGGAUGACAGCAUUAAUAAGAAAAAGACCAAUGGAAAGGACGUCGCGAAAACAGAAUUCUUUGGUGCACCAACGUAUCUCACAGUAUCUGGCCAGUUACAUCUGGAGGUUGUGACAGGGGCUAUAUCAAAGGCUUAUUGCUUUGGACCAACAUUCAGAGCUGAGAACUCAAAAACUAGGCACCACUUAUCUGAGUUUUACAUGAUAGAAGCAGAGGUUGCAUUUACAUCAUGUUUGGAGGAUAUAAUGGUGAUUAUGGAGGAUCUCUACAAGAAGACAAGUGUCAGUCUCUUGGAAAGCUGUACAGAGGACAUCAGUGGUUAUUAUUACAAACACUUCUCCCAACCUGAUCACUAUGAAACAAAUAUCAAACCAGCAUUAGAAAACACAUUUAUAAGAAUGCCAUAUUGUGAGGCUAUAGAUAUACUACAUGAUAAAAGAGACAACUUUGAUGUUCAAAUCAAGUGGGGCGAUGAUCUGCAUAAAGUACAUGAGAAGUUCCUGGUGAAACACUGUGGCAAUAUACCUGUCUUCCUUAUACAUUUCCCCAAACAACUGAAACCUUUUUACAUGAGACAAAAUGAUGAUGGGCAAACUGUGGCAUGUGUGGAUCUCCUAGUCCCUGAAGUAGGGGAGUUAUGUGGAGGGAGUUUACGAGAAGAAAGAUAUGAUGUGCUUGAAACAGAACUCAAACAAAUAGAUAAACUCAAGUCACUAAAUUGGUACCUUGAGCUAAGGAAGUUUGGAUGUCCACCUCAUGCAGGGUUUGGGAUGGGAUUUGAACGAUAUUUACAGAAUAUAUUAGGACUUCAAAAUAUAAGAGAUGUGAUUCCUUUCCCAAGAUGGGCUCACAAUUGUAAACUUUGAAAUCACAAAUAUAGCAUGUUUUACAUAAUGUCUUAAAGAAUGAGUGGACUAAAUAUAGUAAUAUACAAU